AUGACUAAGUGUCGUGUCUUGUGUCUUCAUGGUUAUCGUCAAGAUGCUAUAAAGUUUCGUGGUCGUAUUGCUGCAUUGCGUAGAACGUUCAAGUCGAGCGUCGAGUUUGUAUGUUUAGAUGCCCCAUUCACUGUACCUGAUGCAUCAACAUUGGAAGAAAAACACAUCAACAAUAAAAAUACUAAUGAACAGGAAAAUCAAUUGAAAUGGUUUGAUUUUAUUCACGAUACACAGUCGGAGCAUUAUUUACUAGAACGAGUAGAAGAAUCGCUCGAAUAUGUGGCAAAUUUUAUCAAGAAAGAGGGACCUUUUGAUGGUAUUUUGGGGUUUAGUCAAGGUGGUACAAUGGCUUCAUUAAUCCUGCACAAACAAGUGCGUGAUUCGGAAUUCCCUUUUGCGUUUCGUUUUGCCUUUUUCGUAUCGGCUGGAGCUUGUUACGACCAAAAGUAUAUGAUCAACGUAAAGGUGGAUCUACCGUCGUUACAUGUUAUUGGUGAGACUGAUGCUGUCGUGGAAAAGAAAAGCAGUCUUGCACUUAAGGAUCGUUUCAUUGAUGCCAAAGUGCUGAUGCAUCCUGGAGGUCACUAUAUUCCCACGAACAAAGUGGUCAAAGACGCCUUUCGAGCUUUUUUUGAAGAGCUUCAACAAGCCGAUCCGAACAAGAAGGAGGUGGGUACGGCUUUGUGCAAUAAUUGCUAG